AGAGGGAGUGAAUGGGGAAGGGCGUGCACGAGCCUCUGCUUCCUCGUUUCAGUCAACGAGAUCGAGUCAACUGGAGUUGGUCAGUUGACGGCUACGAGUAUUCUAACCUCGCGCUUAAAAUUCUCGUCUACCUGUAGGGGAGUUCCCGUUUGAAUCUCCGCUGGGAAGAGACGGACGUGUAGCUCGUCGAUAUGGGAGAAAGAGAGGGUGCGAGUCCGCAGCCCGUGGCGGUGAGCAAGAUAGACAUAGAAAAGCCUCGCUGGGACCAAAGCACAUAUGGCGGGAGGGCUCGACAUUUUCUCAAAGUGACGAAUCCGCUCAACGUUUUCGCCACUUCCGCCAGGCUUGAACGAGCCCGCGACAUCGUCACCAAAUACAGGAAGGGCGAGACUCUGGAACGCCUUGGAAUCGACGAGGAGGAAUUAUGGGCCAACAAAUACUUGUACGAUAGCGCUUAUCAUCUUGAUACCGGUGAGAAAAUGGUCCUGGUUGGACGAAUGAGCGCCCAGGUUCCCAUGAACAUGCUGAUCACCGGUUGCAUGAUGACCUUCUACAAGUCGACGCCCGCCGUGAUCUUUUGGCAGUGGUUCAAUCAGUCUUUUAAUGCGGUCGUCAAUUACACGAACCGCAGCGGCUCCAGCCCUAUCCCGAUUUCCACGCUGGUGCAGAGUUACAUAGGCGCCACCGGAGGGGCCGUCGUGACGGCCUUGACGCUGAACCGGUUAGCCGCGAGGGCGCCGCCAUUGGUUGGGCGCCUCGUGCCCUUAGCCGCCGUUGCGGCGGCUAAUUGUGUCAACAUUCCGUUGAUGAGAGUCACAGAGCUCACCGGAGGCAUCGAACUUCAGACUGAAGAUGGAACGAAGGUCGGCAACAGCAAACGAAUGGCGCAGGUCGCCAUUGCUUCGGUGAUCCUGUCGAGGAUCCUGAUGGCGUCGCCGAGCAUGGUUUUGGCACCGAUUGUCAUGACCUCUCUGGAGAAGAGAAAUCUCUUGAAGAACGCUAAAUGGGCCGCAGCGCCGAUUCAAAUGGCGAUCUGUGGAGUUUGCUUGACUUUCGCGACGCCACUUUGUUGCGCGCUCUUUGCGCAAAGAGUCCCAGUUCCCGUGGAAAAAGUGGAGAAGGAAGUGCAGGAGGAAAUCCUGAAGCGAGCACCAGAAGUCACUACGGUUUACUAUAACAAAGGACUGUGAAUUAAGCCUGUCAAGACAAUUACGCCGUUUGCAGUGGAAACUGGAACAGAAGAUUCAAGAAAAAAAGAAAUGGAUCGAAGGGCCUAGCAAUUCUGAAGUUUGUCAGAUCAAUGCGAGGCAUCUCCCUGGCAUACAAAGUGGAGAUAUUUUACUCAUCAAUUUUGCAUCUUUUAGUGGCUAUUUUGAGUCGAAAGAGUGUACUUAUUAUUUGACGGUCUACAAAGGAGUGCUUUGGUACGCUGCCUUUGGAAAUAGACAAACAUAUACUAGUCGGUCGAGGCGAAUGAUCUACCUGCAUUUAAGACAAUAAAUCCUUCCUCGAAGGUUUUUAAAUA